CCGCUCCCACUGCUUAUUAGUGCUGUCUCCCUCUGCACGAGCGCAUUGUGCUCUGCUGAUUCAGUGCCUUACGCAUCUUCUUAACGCCGCCGGCACAGACCGCAACGCCUGAACACUUCACCCCAAAACCACCACAAUGGACAAAAUCGCCGUCGCAUACAAAGAAAAGAUGAAGGAGCUGUCCAUGUUCUCCCUCAUAUGCUCCUGUUUUAACUCGAGGCCACAGAAAAACCUGGACGCCAAGAAAGACUACAUGGAGGUGAAGCCCAUAAACAAACGGGCUUCGGGUCAGGCCUUUGAGUUGAUCCUGAAGCCCCCUUCCCCUGUGUCAGAUGUGGCACAUAGUAUUGUAACUCCUCCCAAAAAGAGGAACAUCUCUCUGGAUGACAUUCAGAAGAAACUGGAAGCUGCAGAAGACCGCAGGAAAUCUCAAGAAGCACAGGUUCUGAGAGCUCUGGCUGAGAAACGGGAUCAUGAGCGUGACGUGCUGUUCAAAGCCAUGGAGGAGAACAACAACUUUAGCAGAAUGGCAGAGGAAAAGCUCAUUAUGAAAAUGGAGCAAAACAAUGAGAACCGCAGGGCUUACCUGGCGGCCAUGUUGGAACGCCUGCAUGAGAAGGAGCAACACGCUGCUGUGGUCCGCAGAAACAAGGAGCUGAAAGAAGAGAUUACAGCGUGAAAGCAUCCUGUCCUCACCUUUCCUCACUCCGCUCAUCAGCUUUCUUAUCCUCCUCUUACACACACACACACACACACACACACACACACACACACACACACACACACACACACACACACACAGUCAGUACCUAGCAAGUAACAUUUAAUUGUCUUGCUUGAUUUCAUAGCUUAUGACAGAUUAUUUUGUAAAUAUAAUCAUAUAACUUUUAGAUUAAACUACAACAAAAAGAGAUAUCAUUUGUUUAUUUAAGCGUUUUGAAGAUUCUGGAAUAAGUGAUGGUUAGUCUCGAUGUGACAAAUGCAAACAAAGACACACUGGGACACUCCCAGCAUCCACACAUGCACUCGCACACAUACUCACACACAUUCACACAUACACAUACACACAGAUGCACAUAAAUAUACAAGAAACCGUACAGUGUAUUUAUGCUUAUAUACAAUAUAAUCAUGACAUUGCACUUCCAUCUUCUGAAUGAAGCAGCCUUGUUCAAGCUUAACACAUUCUUCAUCUGCAGCAACACAUCCUGAGCCACCUUCUGGACUUAAUAGUAAAUGCAAAAUGUUUAGUCUUCUUACAUGCCCUUUUUAUAUAACUCAUAAGAGCAUGUUUUUUCUCACCUUGACUUCUUCUUCUAACGUUGGCUUUUAUUUUUCCGAACACGAACGCAGUGAGUGAUUUUUAUUUCCAGCAGGACACUUCAUAAGAUGUCAAAUGCCAUAUUAUUCCGCUAUAUAUUCUGCUAACGUAACUAUUGUAAAAUCAAAUUUCAUCUGCUUACAUCCAGCCAUUGCGGAGGAGUGACUAAUCAUUUGUGUAAAUCUGAAUGAGUGUUUGUGUGCGUGUAUGUAUGAGUGUGUGUGUGUGUGUGUCCAUGUUACAGUGGCUAAGCUUCUGUGACCAUUCUCUGUGGAAGUGAGGUGGAAACAGAAUAUGCAUUGAAUGUUUUUUUUGUCUUUUCUUUUCUUUCUUUCUUUUUUUUUAAUGUAAUGAUUUCCUCAAAAAAUAUGCCUGCCUGCAUCUUCUGCUGUGUAAAUUGUGUUUUCCCUUCAUUUCGCUGUGUGCAAAAUUUGGUGAAUAAAGAUUUGGGGUUCUGUGAA